CCUGCAUGCACACACACACACACACACAGACACACACUACUAUAGCCGAGCACACGCUCUCACACUCUUUGAGUGCAUAUCAGAGGCACUUGAAAAUACUUAUUCACUUUGCAUACACACUCAGGUCUCCUUUAUACAUCUAACACGAAAAAAUGAGGACCACUGUGCUUUGCGUUUGUGCCAGUCUCCUGCUCUCAGCAACCGUGAUCCCACGCACCAGCCAGGUAGCGGACUUCACUUUUAACCCACACCAGAGAUGGGACACUAAAGGACCCAAUACUUUGGGAUCAGAAUCUGGUACCCCUGCCUCCUGUCCCAUGAAACUGAGACCCUCUGGCCAGUGUGGGGGCUCUGGGGCCGGGGCAGAGGAAGGAGAGGACUGCCCUUACCAGCUCACCCUGCCUCCCCUCACCAUCCAGCUGCCAAAGCAGUUCAGACUGUUGGAGAAGACGAUGAAAGAGCUGCAGAACCUGAAGGAGACGGUCAACAAGCUGAAGAGUGGGUGCAUGGAGUGCCGCGGGGGACGGGGAACUGGACAGCAGCAAGCUGACCAGGGACAGCCACAGAUCCAGAGGGACAGCGGGGAGGUGGCAGGAUUAGACUUGGGACAGGAGCUGCAAGGCGGGUCCAGUCGAGAGGAAAGGGGAGAUGGGAUCGCCACUGGAGCCACAGGGGCUGGUGCUGAACUGGGGCAAGGUUCUAUAACAGGGAAAAUUCCACCGAGCCCAAGCACAAUGCAGGACAUGCAGAUAAAGCUGAAUAAGAUGUCAGCAAGCCUGCGCAACGCUAGGAACCAGAUCUCUGCUCUGCAGGGUCAUCUGGAGCGGCUGAACCUGCUCAACAUAGACAACAUCCACGCCAUCGUGGACAGCAAGGUGGAGAACAUCAGCACAGUGAUCAACAAGAUCAGCUCCACCUGCAACACCCAGUGCCAACUACAGCCCACUGCUCAGUUCAUCUUAGCCCCCAGGGACUGUUCAGAUUAUAAUGCAUUGGAGGGGAGGAAGAAUGGUGUAUAUCGUGUGACCCCUGAUCCCCGUAACGGGACCUUUGAGGUCUUCUGUGACAUGGAGUCCUUUGGAGGUGGAUGGACUGUCAUACAGCAACGGCUCAACGGGUCUAUCAGCUUCAACCGCACCUGGGCCGAGUACAAGAAAGGCUUUGGGAACCUCAGGGGUGAGUUCUGGCUGGGCAAUGACCAUAUCCACCUACUGACCAAGGCCAAAGAUAUGAUCCUGCGUAUUGAGCUGGAGGACUUUGAAGGUGUCAGGGAGUACGCAAAGUAUGACCACUUCUAUGUGGCCAAUGAGUUCCUCCGCUACCGGCUGUCCGUCAGUGGAUACAGUGGGACUGCCGGGAAUGCCAUCAGUUUCAGCAAGCAAUUCAACCAUGACCAGAAGUUCUUUACUACUCCUGACCGUGACAACGACAUGUACCCCUCUGGAAACUGCGGUGCCUAUUACAGUUCUGGCUGGUGGUUUGAUGCUUGCAUGUCCGCCAAUCUCAAUGGGAAGUACUACCACAAGAGGUACAAGGGAGUCAGGAACGGGAUCUUCUGGGGGACCUGGCACAACAUGUCGACGGAGUACUACCCUACCAACUACAGGCAGGCCUUCAAGACAGUCAAGAUGAUGAUAAGGCCCAAGAACUAUGCUCCUUAAGAGGACAGGAAGAAACAUAUGGUUAGAUAUGGACAGAUGAACAGACAAACAGAUGGAGACACAAACACGGACAUAAAAACACAUGCAGACAGAACGGAUGGACGAGUAGGCACGAGUAGACACUCAUACACAUUCUCCUAGUCAUGCAUGUACACACACAUACAUGUACCCACACUGAAAAAGACUAUAAGCCCCAGAGACAGUUUGAAUGCAGUAAUCAUAAAAAAUGUGAAAAAAAUCAAGAGAUAUUACUUUUUUCCAUGCUAGCCUUCAAAACAUAGGUUUAAAAUUCUGAGGACUGUGGAUUACAGAUAAUGAUGGACUAAUAAAAAUCUACACACGUUGUGUAAAGGCCAACCUCCUUCAAGGACCCUGAUAUUACAUGGAAGGUUACAAUGAGAGAUUUUUCACUAUGUCUCUGGCAUUUGUGCACUUUCUGUCCCACUGCCCCCUGCUCUAUAAGGCCUCAUGACAACUGAGAGACAGUACAGCACGUAGUAGCACUAAAAUCUAAUGAGCUAUCAUUUUCCCCGCUCUAAGUGGUUUCAUAAUUAACAGCAGCCACUCAAGUGAGGUAUAUGAGAGCUGAUGUGACAAAAGUGCAUCUGAAAUCCAUUGUGAAAGACUUCAUACUGGGGUCAGUUUCAAGCUGUUUUCACUGAAAUAACCCAUAUAGUCAGUGAUACACUGCACAUUUUGGGCAACAGUGCAGAAGGCGAUGCCUCUGUGAUGUAUUUAACCACAUCAGAGCAUCUUGUUAAUGUAUCACCUCAGCAAAAUCUUCUUUACAACAGCCAUGGACACUUCUAUGAGUGAAAACUGCAUUUUUCAAACUGUUUUCCAUCUAUAGCUCUGGGUAAGCUGAGCUACUGCACAUUUCACAGUGUCACCCACCAGUUCCAGAUAUGAAGAAAAAAAAAAACAUGAUCUCUGACACAUCACUUGUACAAUACUGCUGCCUAAUGUUAGAAAGUUGUAUAGCAUUGCUUAGUCCAUCUACACACUGUGAAUGGGAGAGGUGCAUGAGAAGGAAAGGGUUCAGCGAAAGGACAUGUACAGUAUUUAUUUUAUUUUGUGAGGUAUGAUAGCUUUUAUAUAACUAAUAUAUGGGCUUAUACAAGGACUAAUGAUUAGUGAUAUUUGAGAUAUCUGAACAAUGGUAAAGACUGUGUCCAUUCAUAGUUGAUUAGUUGUGUACAUUCAGAGCUAUGUGUGUGUACAUAGUUGAGCUUUUCUAUCAUUCAUCAUCAACUGUCAUAAAAAAGAUACACUUACUUUUUAUAUCAAAACAUGAAUAAAGUUCGAACUACA